AUGGCGGACACUCAGAAGGAUGUGCUGUUCAAGACAGUACAGAUCGAUGCUUUGGUUGCGAUUAAGAUUGCCACUGCUAGCGGCAAGUCGUUCCCUUCGAUUGCGACUGGCAGCAUAGUCGGUAUGGAGAAGAACAAUGUCUUGGAGAUCACAAACUCUUUCCCUUUCCCCGACGUCUCUCCCGCACAGGCCGAUGGACAGAAUGAGACCGCCGCAAACCUUGCCGCAGCCGCCCCUCGCGCGAAGCAGAACAUUGCCUACAGCAACGAGAUGAUCAAGUUUCUUCGUGAAGUCAAUGUGGAUGCGAACAACGUGGGCUGGUAUACCAGCACAAGCAUGGGCAACUUUGUCAACCUGAACACAAUCGAGAACCAAUACUUCUACCAGAGCCAGCCAAACGAGAGAACUGUUGCCUUGGUCUACGAUGUGAGCAGGAGCUCGCAAGGUACCCUGAAUCUGCGCGCAUAUAGGCUCUCGCCCUCGUUUGUUACGGCAUACAAGGAGGGCAAGUUCACGACUGAGAGUCUACAAAAGAGCGGCCUUCGCUACCACGACAUCCUAGUCGAGCUUCCAGUUACCAUUCACAACUCACACCUCCUCACCUCUCUUCUCCACCAACUGCCAUCGAGCGCACCAAAGGAGGAGCUCAAGUUCCCACCCAACCUAGCUGCUCUGCAGCAAGAUCCCAACAUCCCUCAGCCACCUCUGUUUCCCAACUACGACUCGCUUGACCUCUCAAUCGACCCGUUCCUGGAGAAGACGUGCGAUCUACUCCUCGAGAGCAUUGAGAAUCACCAUACUGAGAUCAACAACUACCAAUACUACCAGCGAUCUCUCGCUCGUGAGCAGGCCAAGAUUACCGCCUGGCAACAAAAGCGCAAAGCAGAGAAUGCUGCGCGCACUGCCUCUAAGCAGUCACUCCUCCCAGAAGACGAGUGGCAGAGGCUAUUCAAGCUGCCCCAAGAGCCAAGCAGACUGGAGACGCUCCUCAACUCGAGGCAGGUGGAGCAGUACUCAAGGCAGGUAGAUGGCUUCACGGCGGGUGUCACGUCCAAGAUGUUUGCUGUCAAGAGCAAUUUGCUGCCUGGAGAGUAA